AUGCUCGGCAUACGGUCUCUCUUCGGUUUCGUCAGCGCGCUGGUAGCACUUCACGUCACGCUCGCGAAGUCUAGCACAGGAGACUCGGUCCUCGUAUUCCUUCAACCAAGUGUCAAGAAGGAGGACUAUUCGAUAUUUUUUGGCAAUCUCGAAAGUCAAGGCUACGAGCUCACGUUUCGCGCGCCGAAGGAGGAGAGUCCGAAGCUCAUUGAAGAUGAUAUCCCCAACUUCUCGCAUGUCCUAUACUUCGCUCCGGAUACCAAAAGCUUUGGACCAGAUGUGACCCCUCAAUCACUCGUCCAAGCGCUCGAGUCAAACACCAACAUCAUCUUUGCUCUCUCACCCAAGCAAUCCCUUGCUUACUCACUUGCCUCCGAAUUCUCCCUCAUCCUUCCACCUCCAGGUACCCCUCUCGUCUCACAUUUCCCCGAACGCGACGCGCCGGCCACUGUCAUCCCCAUAACUGUUCCAUCCAACCCUAUACUGUCUCCCUCGAUUGAAGGCAAGAAGGUCUGGUUCUCCGGUAUCUCACAUGCACUUGGCAACAACCCGCUAUUGGUCCCUGUCCUGAACGCCCCAGCGGAGAGCUUCGCUGCCGACUCCACGGAGGACGCGUCUGGAGGUGUUGUCGUCGAUGCUGCUGAGAAAGGCGGCGAGGGCCUUUGGGCGGGUAGUAUGAUGGGCGUUGUCAGUGGAUUCCAGACAAGGGAUUCAGCGAGGGUCAUGUGGGUGGGGGGUAUUGAGCUAUUCAGCGACGAGUUUGCCAAGAAGGAGAUCACUAAGGGUGAAAAGUCGGCCAACGAACAGUUCGCGUUAGACAUCGCGUCUUGGACGUUCCAAGAAAACAAAGUCCUCCGCAUCGACAAAACUGCCCAUCACAUGGUCAACGAGACUGAACCCAGGCCUCAUUAUACCAUCAACGACCAGAUUGUCUUCGACGCGUACAUCUCGCGCUGGAACUCGAAGACGUCCUCUUGGGAGCCUUAUUCCGGCCUCGCCGACCUCCAACUCGACUUCACCAUGCUCGACCCGCACGUUCGCACUCUCCUGCCGCCUUCGACUGACGGCAUCCCCGGCAAAUACUCCGUCCAGUUCAGGGCUCCCGACAGGCAUGGCGUGUUCAAGUUUUUGAUUGAAUAUAAGCGAAAGGGUUGGACAUUCUUGUCAAGCGCGACGACCGUGCCCGUCAUUCCACCGCGCCACGACGGGUACCCAAGGUUCUUGAGUGCUGCGUGGCCCUACUAUGCUGGUGCCAUCAGCACCAGCGCUGCAUUUUUGGUGUUCUCGGCGUUGUGGCUUGCUGGGGAGGAUCGUGGCGGAAAGAAGGGUGGUAAGAAGAUUGAGUAG